AUGGGGAGCACUACCAUAUUCCAUAUUCGCUGGACCGCACCAGAAUUCCGUUUGUUUAGAGCUUUGUUGCAAUCGCAGUUGCAAGGGUUGAUUGUAUUCUGCAGCGGAUUCGGAGUUAUCCUCAGCAUCUUGGGAGACCAAGCUAGAUUGAUGAUCAACUUCUUUAUUGUGCUUGAUGCGAUAAUCAUGAGAUGGAUCUCGGCACUUAUGUGGCUCUUGCCACUGCUUUUGGAACAGCUUCCAGGUAUAAAAACACUCUUCUUACCUUCUCGACACUUUCACAAUCAAAUUGAUGGCACCGCUCUGUAUGAAGCUGUCGCUGUCAUAUUCAUUGCUCAACUUCAUAAUGUCAAACUCACUCUUCUUGAACUGCUGACAAUAAGUGAUCGAAUCCGAACUUCGGUGAAUGUUCUGGGCGAUGGAUUCGGUGCAGGAAUUAUUCAUCACUUGACUAAGGACAGUCUCGUCGAGGCGGAUACGGAUGAACUCAUUCGACAGAUAAGAGAAGAUAUACAUCACCUAAACAAUCCCGAACUCGAUAAUCAGGCAAUGAAAAGCAACCAAGAUACCCUACAUAGUCAAACAGCGAUACAAAUGCAGGCUAUCGAGUCGAAUGGUUCCAUCGAGAUUGAGAAAAUUGAGAAACUCGCACCAAAAUCGCGGAAUUCGAUAACCCAAGAGGAGUCAAAAGCGCUUUUGUCAGGAGAGUUCGUCGUUUGA